AUGACGUUAAUAGUGCUGUGCAACCAUGUGGGUGAUUAUGGAUAUGUGCUGCUGGUGACGUCGUCGCGGCGCCCCGACCACUGGAUCGUGCCGGGCGGCGGCGUGGAGCCCGAGGAGGAGCCCAGCGUCACGGCCAUCCGGGAGGUGCUGGAGGAGGCCGGCGUGUGCGGGAAGCUCGGCCGCUGCCUCGGCGUCUUCGAGGACUUGUACAAGAACGGCGAAUAA